CCUGGAGGAGGUGAGGUCAGAGCUGGGGUGAGAAGGACAAGCAGUGAGACCAGGAUGGCACAUAGGUACCAUAGAUCAUUUAGUAGGUCUGCAGUGUAAGCGUUGGUUCAAAUACUGCCUCAGUUGGCCUCCUUAGGCAUGUGACCUUGGUAAAGUUCCUGAACCUUACUGAGUCUUUGUUUCCUUCUCCCUUUUAAAUAGUUGUUGUAGGUAAAAAAGAAAUGGAAACAUGCCCACUUGGCAGCAGCACAGGGCGGGUCCUUGCUAAAUGGUGGCUUUUAUUAUCAUCAUUCCAACAUUCUCUCUCCAAAUCCAUCUCCCACCGCCCAGUGCAAUCUGUGCCCUUUGUUUUAUGGCCCAUUUUUAUGCUUCCAUAAAAAUACUGUUUCUUCCAUCUAAAAAUCCUCAUCCUCCAGGGCCUACUCGGAUGCUGCCUGCCCUGUGAAGCCAUCCCUUGUCCUCUAGGUAUAGUUAAUCGCCUCUUGUACUCCCAUGGUCCCUCUGCCAGGUUUGAGCUGUCACUUCCUCUGUUUUGUGCUCACUUGAUGGCUUAGAUGUACGUCUUCCCCUGUGGAGCAUGGGCUCUGUUGAGCACGCAGAAGCUUUCUUCACGUGCCCCACCACACCAGGCACAGUGGAGUGCCAGCACAUGUUUGUAGGAUUGCAAGGAAGGUAGAAACUGAGGGCUAUAUGUGUGUGUGUGUGUGUGUGUGUCUGUUGGGGGGAGUGGGAAGCAGUGAGUAGCCUGGCUUAAGAAGUGACCUAAGAGGUGAGGUAUCAACAGAGAGGAGGGUCGGGAGCUUGGAAACAAAGAUGAAUUUAGGCCCUGGAGAGUAGUUUGAACUUGUUUCAGUCAGCAGGAUACCUUUUUCGAAAGAUUUGUACCUGGAACCCCACUGUAUAAAUUCUGACUUAAAUGGGAGGGGUCCUGAAGACCCACCUGAUAGGUGGGCCCCGAGGAAUCCUUGUGGAAUUCAAAGACUCUACAGUGUGAAAACUUGCAUAAGGCAGGAGGGAGGCAUAAGUGGUUCUCGAGGAGACUGAGCAAUCAGUGGUGAUUUUCCUAUUCUGCCUGGACUCACAGACCUGGAAGUGGGUGAGUUGUGGUUGAUAACAGCUGAGACAUUGCCUGGCCUUCCUCCUAUUACCACUUCCCCUGGAGAAAGCAGCCCUUAUGUAGGCAGAGGAGAAAACUGAGCUCAUCGUCUAUGGUGAACAAACACCCAGAGCAGAAGGCAGACCGGUAUUUUGUGUUAUACAAACCGCCCCCUAAAGACAACAUUCCCGCCCUAGUGGAGGAGUACCUGGAACGCGCCACCUUCGUAGCCAAUGACCUCGACUGGCUCCUGGCCUUGCCUCACGAUAAAUUCUGGUGCCAGGUUAUCUUUGAUGAGACCCUGCAGAAGUGCCUGGACUCCUACCUGCGCUAUGUCCCCCGAAAGUUCGACGAGUGGGUGGCCCCGGCCCCUGAGGUUGUUGACAUGCAGAAGCGCCUCCACCGAAGUGUUUUUCUCACCUUCCUCCGCAUGUCUACUCACAAGGAAUCCAAAGAGCAUUUCAUUUCCCCCUCCGCGUUUGGAGAAAUCCUCUACAAUAACUUCCUGUUUGACAUCCCAAAGAUCCUGGACCUCUGCGUUCUCUUUGGAAAAGGCAACUCACCGCUGCUCCAGAAGAUGAUAGGAAACAUCUUUCUCCAGCAGCCAAGUUACUAUAAUGACCUGGAUGAAACCAUGCCCACCAUCCUUCAGGUCUUCAGCAAUAUCCUCCAGCACUGUGGUUUGCAAGGGGACGGGGCCAACGCCACACCCCAGAAGCUCGAGGAGAGGGGCCGGUUGACCCCCAGCGACAUGCCUCUCCUGGAAUUAAAGGACAUCGUUCUCUACCUUUGUGAUACCUGUACUACACUCUGGGCCUUUCUGGAAAUCUUCCCUUUGGCUUGCCAAACCUUCCAGAAACACGACUUCUGUUACAGACUAGCUUCAUUUUACGAAAUAGCAGUUCCCGAACUGGAGUCUGCAAUUAAGAAGAGGAGGCUUGAAGAUAGCAAGCUGCUAGGUGACUUGUGGCAGAGGCUCUCCCAUUCCAGGAAGAAGCUACUGGAAAUUUUUCACAUCCUCAUAAACCAGAUCUGCCUUCUCCCCGUCUUGGAAAGCAGCUGUGACAACAUUCAGGGCUUCAUCGAAGAGUUCCUUCAGAUCUUCAGCUCCUUGCUUCAGGAGAAGAGGUUCCUCCGGGACUAUGACGCGCUCUUCCCUGUGGCCGAUGAUGUCAGCUUGCUGCAGCAGGCCUCAUCAGUCUUGGAUGAAACACGGACCACCUACAUCCUCCAGGCGGUCGAGAGUGCAUGGGAAGGGGUGGACCGAAGGAAAGCUGCAGAUGCUAAAGACCCACCGGUGGCCGGGGAUCCUAACGGGGUUGUGGUGACGGCGGAACCAGUUAGUGGAAUGGCUUCACAUCCAGAGAACUCAGAGGAAGAGGAGUGCAUGGGGGCAGCUGCUGCCCUGGGCGCCCCCGUGGGUGGCGUGGAGCUGGACUCACUCAUCUCCCAAGUGAAGGACCUGCUGCCCGACCUUGGCGAGGGCUUCAUCCUGGCCUGCCUGGAGCACUACAGCUACGACCCGGAGCAGGUGAUCAACAACAUCCUGGAGGAGCGCCUGGCCCCCGCCCUCAGCCAGCUGGACCGCAGCCUAGACAGACAGGUGAAGCCAGACCCGACACCCCUGCUGACAGCUCGUCACAACGUCUUCCAGAACGAUGAGUUUGACGUGUUUAGCAGGGACUCAGUGGACCUGAGCCGGGUGCACAAGGGCAGGAGGAAGGAGGGGAGCACGCGGAGCCUGCUGAAUGACAAGCGGGAGGUGGCGGCACAGCGGCGGCGCUAUGAGCAGUACAGCGUGGUGGUGGAGGAGGUGCCACUGCAGCCAGGUGAGGGCAUGCCCUACCACGGUGACGACUACGAGGAUGAGUACGAUGACACUUACGAUGGCAACCAGGUGGGCGCCAACGAUGCCGACUCAGAUGAUGAGCUCAUCAGCCGCAGGCCCUUCACCAUCCCUCAGGUACUGAGAACCAAAGUGCCCAGAGAAGGGCAGGAGGAGGACGACGAUGAGGAGGAGGAGGUGGCCGAGGACGAGGCCCCCAAGCCUGACCAUUUUGUGCAGGACCCUGCAGUGCUGCGGGAGAAAGCAGAAGCCAGGCGCAUGGCCUUCCUCGCCAGGAAGGGGUACCGGCAUGACAGCUCGACAGCAGUGGCUGGCAGCCCCCGGGGCCAUGGGCAGAGCCGUGAGACAACCCAGGAACGCAGGAAGAAGGAAGCCAACAAGGCAACACGAGCCAACCACAACCGGAGAACCAUGGCUGACCGCAAGAGAAGCAAAGGCAUGAUUCCAUCCUGAAGCCGCUGCGCCGGGGCCAGUAGGGCGGCAGAGCACCAGGCUGCCGGCCGCAUUACCAUGGCCUAGGGCCUCCUCACCACUUGGCCCUCUGCUGGGGCCCCAAGUUCAACUCCAUCCCUCAACAGCCUCAGCUUUGCAGCCCCUGAGAAGGCCGCCUUGUCAUCCACCAGCCAGCCGCGAGCGCCUUCUUGUAGAACACACAGUGCCUUAUCCCACAGCGGAGGAACCUGGGCCCAGUGAGCAGGUGAAAGAUGGGGACGGAGAGCCCAAGGCCGGCCCCCCAAACCUCACACAGCAAGACACCGCUUCCCUUUUUCCCUGGACGUCAGGAAACCUGUGUAUUCAAAAGCAAAAGACAAAAAAAGGCCUGCGAAUAAAGUUUUUGACCCUUUGAAGCAGUGAUCCAUGAGGUGCCCAUGACCCACUCUCCCUGUGUCCCAUUCUUCAGCGACAGCCGCUGUCUGGAGAGGAAGAGGGCAGGAUGAUCACCGUGCUCUUUUCAUCGA